CUCAAAAUGAGUAGGUUGCCCCAAUAGAUAUGGCACUGGUUGAACAAGCUAGACAACGACAAUACUGAGCCUGGUUGAGUCCUCUGUGGCUUGCUCGAUUUCCCAGUUCUUCAAAUAUGCCAUGGUGCGACAUCCAACGAAGAUAUCUCGAUGCGCACAGCGAUGAGUUUAUCACCAUCCAUGUCAGAAGCACCAGCAGCACCAGCGCUAUCAACACACCAGGACGAUACGACGUUCUCGUAUGACAAGGUCAAGGCGGUCGAAAAGGACCGGACGCACCUUAACUUGCCGCCAUCGUACGACCAUGACCAGUUGGUCCAGAAAAUCAACCAGUACUACAGCGUGGAUGAGAUCAUACUGAGCUUGAAAGAACAAGUAGAUGGCCACAGAAAGUACAACAAGAUCACGCUCCAGUUCCCCGAUGAGUUGAUCUGCGACUCUGCCACCAUCGUGCACGAGCUCCAGCGACAGUUGGGGGCCACAGUCGAAUCACAACCAACAGCCACCCACCAGUCCUGCAGUGGCGGCUCGCCAUGCUCCAACAAGACCAACGACUCGUGCUGUAAAGGCGUACAAGCGGAAAGCUCUACAUCCCAGAAAAUCUAUAUUCUUGCAGACACUUCGUACUCGCCAUGUUGUGUGGAUGAAGUGGCAGCCGAACAUGUCGAUAGUGAUCUCGUCAUCCACUUUGGUGACGCCUGUUUGAACCCUGUCGACAAGCUUGUCACCUUCUACGUUUUUGGCAAGCCUACAGUCGACCUUGACCACUUGGUGGCGGAAUUCAAGGCCAGAUACCCCGUGGGAGAAGACAACAAGGUGAUGCUCAUGGCAGACUCGCCCCACUCACAUCUUCUUGAAGGUCUCUACCACUCCUUGAAGGAGGAGUACCCCAACUUGGCCUACGCCGAUUUGUACUUGGACACUCAGUCCAAGGUCAAGGUCAUUGGGUACCAGCCCACCCGCUCCAGCCAUCCACUGAAGGUGUUGAACAGGAUCUUCAGCGGACUCUCUGAUGGCGACCUCGACGAUACAUUAAGCCAGUACGACUUGUUCCACAUCACCGUUCCUAAGAGUCCUAGACUUUUGCAACUCACCACCAGAUUCGGUUCCGUGACUGUCUACGACCCCAAAGAAAGAAAAACCUCCCAAGGUCCGUUCCCUAACUUGAUGCGCCGGUACCGUUUCAUGCAAAUGGCACGUACCGCUGGAACCAUUGGCCUCUUGGUGAACACGCUAUCAUUGUCGAACACCAAGAACUUGAUCAACAGUAUGGGCAAGAGAAUCAAAGACAGUGGCAAGAAGCACUACAUGUUUGUGGUGGGUAAGCCUAACGUGGCCAAGCUCGCCAACUUUGAAAACGUGGACAUGUGGUGUGUGUUGGGGUGUGACCACCAGGGAAUCAUUCUUGACCAGACCAACGAAUACUUCAAGCCCAUCAUAACGCCAUACGAAUUAUUGUUGGCGUUGAGCGACGACGUCACCUGGACUGGUAAAUGGGAAACAGACUUCAAGAAGUUGUUGGACCAAAUGGUAGACGAGGAGGCCAACCAGGAAGACGAAGGCAACGAGGACGACGAGGACGACGAGGAUAGACCACCUGAAUUCAACCCAGUGACUGGCCAGUACGUCAGCACUUCAAGGCCCUUAAGACAGUUGAACCACUUGAGAAUUGCUGCCGAGCCCGAGGAAGAAGAGUCGGAGACCAGCUUGGUCAAGAAGUUCUCUUCCACCAUUGCCAUCAAAAAUACCGUGUCGACGUCUGCGGUUCAUCUUCAAAACAGGCACUGGACCGGUUUGGGGAGUGAUUACAACCAAGAUGGUCUGGACGAGGCAGGCGCAUUGGUCGAGGAAGGAAGGGCUGGGGUUGCCAGAGGCUAUGACUACGACAGAGAAGCCCACCAAUGAUCAUGGCACCCAUAGUAGCAUCAAUAUUAAGAAUACCACGAAGCACUGUUCUUACCGAUUUUGUCCUGUUAAUGUUGAUGCUGCAGCAGACCACAUGCUUAGUGUAGUAUCGUACAUAGUACAUGUUUAUAGACCAUCAGCAUUACAGCACCAAUUGUGCUACAUUAAAUAAUUUCAGAGUGAGCGCUCUAAGAAUCACUUUCUGGAUGAACAGUAGAUGCCGUUCCCAAAGUACAACCUCUACAGUCUCUCAUCCGAUGCUUGAAUCGGCAAGAAUACAUAUGUCAAGUCAUACUGGU